UUGAUGAUUUGAGAGCAAAACCCAGCUUAAACCCACCGAGUUCCUUCCUCACCGGAAAGAGCUCAGCCACAGUUUUUAGCAUUAGUAACUGAUCAAUUAAUCGAGAGAUUCGAGUCCCUGUGUGUGCUUGUGUGGCGACUACAUUGUUAUGAACUGCUUGUCUCAUGCGCGUUCAUACAUUUCCUUGGGGAUACUUAAGAGAUCUAGCUAUGUCACUUCUCAGAUUCCAUGGAACCAAUGCUUCUUCUAUACGCCUUCACAAUCCUGUUUAAAGCCUGCAAGUGUGUCUGCCUUUGGACUAUCUAAAGUUCAUUUCUUUUCCUCGAGAUCAAAGUCUGGUAAAUCCAAGAUGUCUUCCUCAACCGUUGUCUCUGUUGCUGAUAAAGAAAAGGACGCGUUUUUCGUUGUUCGGAAGGGUGAUGUUAUUGGAAUUUACAAGGAUUUUAGUGAUUGUCAAGCUCAAGUUGGAUCAUCUGUGUUUGAUCCUCCGGUUAGUGUUUAUAAAGGAUACUCGUUGCCUAAAGAUGCGGAGGAGUAUCUUUCUUCUGUUGGGCUGAAGAAGCCACUCUACAGUAUUAGAGCUUCAGACUUGAAAGAUGAUAUCUUUGGUGCUCUCACUCCAUGUAUUUUCCAGGAGCCUAAUGUCAAAGUAUCUGAAGAAAAAGAUACCUCAGAGAUGAAGUCGAUAGAUAGAACUCAAGACAACAAAAUAGAUCAGCUUCCAUCAGCUUCUAUGUCAGUUGAUCCUUUGGAAAAGGUUGCUAGUAUUUCCCCAGAAGAAACUUGCUUUAUUGAUUUUGAUGGUGCAUCAAAGGGAAAUCCCGGUCUCUCUGGGGCAGCAGCGGUACUGAAAAAUGAGGACGGAAGCUUGAUUUGUAGACUGCGUCAAGGUUUAGGAAUUGCCACAAACAAUGCAGCAGAAUACCACGCGUUAAUCCUAGGAUUGAAGUAUGCUGUUGAGAAAGGUUACAAGAAAAUUAAAGUGAGAGGUGACUCCAAGCUGGUUUGUAUGCAGAUCAAAGGUAAAUGGAAGGUAAACCAUGAGGUACUCUCAAAGCUCCACAAGGAAGCAAAACAACUUUGCGACAAAUGUGUCUCUUUCGAGAUCAGUCAUGUACUAAGGAAUUUAAACGCUGAUGCGGAUGAACAAGCAAACUUGGCUGUCCGCCUUCCCGAAGGAGAAGUUGAAGUGGCGUGAAGAGCUUAUAUACUUAUCAUCAGUAAACGAAUAUACAAGAAUUUUGGUUACACUAGCCACUAGAAACUGGUAUUGAACCAGAAUGAGCACAUAGAGAGAGAGAGAGGUGUAUGCAAACAGUGUCGGAGCACCCAGAGAACAGCAGAAACUGACACAUCCAUCAUUUUGUAUACUCUUUUCUUCAGUAGAUGAUUUUUUCCAUCGUUCUAACUUUUUCCUAAGCUUUGCUCCCUCAUUCUUACAAGCACAGUUCUUCUAUUCAGAUUCUUUUGUACCUUCUAGUCGGAGUUGUAAUGCACACACUUGCUUCCUCGCGUCAAGUUUGAUAUAUCGGCACGGUCGUAUUUUUUUAA